CGCUCUUCGUCAUCUGAGCUAAUUUUCGCAUUUGUAGAAAACAAAAAACAGAAGUAAUAAAAUGCAGGAGCACAGCCCCGAGCUCUACGAGGAGGUGAAACUGUUUCGCAAUGCUCGCGAACGUGAGAAAUACGAUAACAUGGCCGAUUUAUAUGCGAUUAUAAACACAAUACAGCAGCUGGAAAAGGCGUACAUUCGGGACUGCAUUACCCCGCAGGAAUAUACAGCGGCGUGCUCCAAGCACCUCGUCCAAUACAAAAUCGCAUUCAAACAGGUGCAAUGCGAAGAGUUUCCCACCGUGGACACAUUCGUGAAAAAGUUUCGCCUCGACUGUCCGGCGGCAUUGGAACGCAUUCGUGAAGAUCGACCCAUUACCAUACGCGACGACAAGGGCAACACAUCCAAAUGCAUUGCCGAAAUCGUAUCGCUAUUCAUUACCAUUAUGGACAAGCUGCGUCUGCAGAUCAACACAAUGGAUGCACUGCAGCCGGAUGUCAAAGAUUUGGAUGACAACAUGAAUCGUCUGUCGCUGAUACCCAAGGACUUUGACGCCAAGCAAAAGGUGGACAAAUGGCUGGGCACACUGAACGAAAUGCAGGCAUCCGAUGAGCUGACCGAGGCCCAAGUGCGACAAUUUCUCUUCGAUCUGGAAUCGGCCUAUGCGGAUUUCAAUAAACUCCUCCAUAGCCAGUAAUUGUUAAUGCUUUGUACUCUUUCGUAUUUACUCGUAUAUAUAAAUAUAUGCAUUUUAGUCUGUAAACGUCGCAAUAAAGAUUUAAACUA